AUGUCGGAAGUUUAUAAAUAUGAUGGUCCCAAGUAUGAUAUUGAAUCCCUGGGAUUUCUAAACAAGCCUGAGAGCUCUCCCGUAUCCACACCGAUCAACUAUGAUGCACCAGAGAAUGAAACCCUAGAUUAUAAAAAGAUCGAGUCAAUAUCAAAAAUGUUAAAUUAUGAUAUGAAUUCCCCAUUUCAAAACACACGACCUCUUAACACACUUUCUCUGCCUCUCAAUGAGAAGAAGAAAAAGACAGUAGUCUUAGAUCUUGAUAACACACUUGUGCAUGCAAGUUUUACUCCUAUCCCACAAUAUGAUUUUCUUAUAACAGUUCCUGGCAUGGGAGAAAGUGAUGAUACCCUUACUUACCAUGUACAAAAAAGGCCAGGAGUUGAUCUUCUAUUGCAGAGAUUGAGUGAGUACAAAUAUGAAUUAUUGGUUUUACUUCAGCCGAAGAGACCCAUGCAGAUGCUAUACUGA